AUCCUCGCGGAGCGUGUUUCGUCAUUCGCUUCUUCCGCCCGCCCGUCGGCCCGCCCUCGCCCGCCCGUCGCCCGCCCUGCUCUGCCCCUCAGCACAAGACGAGCGAGAGCGAGAGCGAGACUCGGAGUGCGGAGACGAGAGACGAGACGAGACGAGACGAGAGCAGGCGGUCGAAGGGAGAAAGAGUGCGGCUCGUCGUGCUCGACGCCAAGCCAGUGCAGCGAAUCGAAUCGAAGCCCGGAGAGACGAGUCGAGUCGAGACGACGACACCACGAGAGAAGAAAGAGAGCGAGCGAGAGAUUAGAGAGCGAUAGUGUCCGAUAGACGGAACAGAUAGACAGACAGACAGACAUACGGAACGUAGCAGCAGGCAGGCGAGCCGUGUUGGAGAGGAGAGAGAGAGAGAGGAGUGGAGAGAAGAGAGAGAGGUGUGGUGGUGGUGGUGGUGGUGGUGUUGAUGCAGUGGGGGAAGAGAGGGGGUGGGGGAAUAAGGAAGGAAGGGGAGGGAUGUGCGAGAGGAGUGAUGAAGACCUAAGAAGACGACAGCGAGGGAGGAGCGAGAGCAAGAAGGACGACGAGAGGAGGAGGAGGAGGAGGAGCCCUAACCUGUGACGAACAGACGAGGGACGGGCGAAAUCGAUAGAGAGGAGGGGAGGAGGAGCGGUGGCCCGAGGGCGAAUCGAGGUCGCUCAUGUUGGAUUGGAGAAAACAGGGAGUAGAGCAGACAUCGGUAGCGCAGCGCGUGGGUGCGAGUGCUUGCAGCGGUGCGUCGACGUUGGAAGAAGAGGGUUACCGUGCGAGCCAGCGAGGAGGAGCGUAUCUGAAGCAGCGUAUGCGAACGAGGCAAAAACAGGGUAUUAAGGACGACGGCAUCUUUGUGGUAACAGGAGUUACAAGAAGGGCAAGAUUUCUAGUAGAUGUCAAUUAUUCCAAAGGGCGGCACCCUCCACAUCCGGGAGGUGUGGGCGGAUAACCUCGAACAUGAAUUCGAGUUAAUCCGUGAGAUUGUGGAUGACUACCCGUAUUUGGCCAUGGACACCGAGUUUCCGGGCGUUGUGGUGAGACCGGUUGGCACCUUCAAGAGCAGUGCAGACUAUCACUACCAAACUCUUCGAGCUAACGUCGACAUGCUCAAGUUGAUUCAGCUCGGGUUAACCUUCUCCGAUGAGGAGGGCAAUCUGCCGCGAUGCGGAACUCGGGACUACUGCGUGUGGCAGUUCAACUUCAGGGAAUUCAAUCUGAAGGAGGAUGUGUACGCGCAGGACUCGAUAGAGCUGUUGCGGGAUAGCGGGAUCGAUUUCCAAGCCAACGAGGAGAGGGGGAUUGACUCGCAGAGAUUUGGAGAGCUCUUGAUGUCUUCGGGGAUCGUGUUGAAUGAGAGUGUGCAUUGGGUGACUUUCCACAGCGGAUACGAUUUUGGUUACUUGUUGAAGUUGCUUACCUGCCAAAACUUACCGGCUCGGGAGGCGGAAUUCUUCAACCUGUUGAGGACUUACUUUCCUACCGUGUAUGAUAUCAAGUAUCUAAUGAAGUUCUGUGACAAUUUGCAUGGCGGACUUAACCGGCUUGCGGAGAUGCUGGAGGUGGAAAGAAUCGGGCCCUGUCAUCAAGCCGGCUCCGAUAGCUUGCUCACGUCCUGUACCUUCCGGAAGCUAAAGGCAGGGUUCUUGAACGGGUCUACAGAAAAGUACGCUGGUGUGUUGUAUGGGUUGGGUGUGGAUAAUAGUGAAUCUUAGUGCCUUUGGCGGGGCCUCUGAAGCCCAUUAGCCGCUUUCUGUACACUGGCAUGCGGACAAAGUCCGCGAUUCAAUCUUUUACUCAGUCUUCUCUAUUUUAAUCACAAGUCUUCUCCGGAUUGUUUGUUAUUUU